AUGAAAGGUAAGUCUGCGACCGACCAAGUCUGUUUCAAUGGUCCUGAUUAUGUGGUGGAGGUUCUUAUGAAGAAGAAUAGCAACCCCAGAUUUGUGUCCCACACCUGGGGAGCCAAAGACCUUGCCUACCCACAGUUUACAAAAGCAAGAGAGAUCAUCGGCUGUCAGCAGCUAAUCUCAAGACUACAGAAGGCUGGAUUCUGCUCCUGUUUGUUAUCAGAUCAUGCCCCAUAUUGGGUCACCAUAACGCCUUUUACUAGUUCCUCUACACCAAACUGGAGGCUGAAUCCAUUCUGGUUAUCUAUAUUACCGGAUACAGAUAAAUUGAAUACAGAAUGGAAGUUUUUCUUUAACUUUAAUUCCGGCACAGCAAUCCCGCUGGUGGUAUGGAAAGCAUUUAAAAAAUAUGCCCGUCUACUACUAACAGAGCACAUCUCUAGAUAUAAGCAGUCUUCUAAAUCUUCCUAUGUUCAGGCAGUAGCUCAGAUGAUCUUACUAGACUCAAAAUUCGAGUUGUAUAUCAGAUGUGUUAUGAGUGGUCUAGACAUAACAUUUUUUUCAAUAAGCAAAGAAUUUUUAAACAUGGACCUCACCCAGGUCCCAAGAGGUCAAUGCUCCGAGGAAUGUCUUCCGGGGUUCAGAAAAUCUAUAAGAGAAGGAUAUCACCCAUGUUGUUUUAAUUGUGCUCCGUGUUCAGAAGGAGAAAUAUCAAACCAAUCUGACAGUGAACUCUGCAAGAAGUGUCCUGAAAAUGAAUGGCCUAACAAAGCUAAAACUAUUUGUAGUGACAAGGUCAAUGAGUAUUUAUCAUACGAGGAGGACAUUCUAGUUUUAUUUUUUUCUAUUACUUCAGUCAUAUUUGCUACAACAUCUCUCCUUAUACUUGGACUAUUUGUUUGGUUUCGGAGCACUCCCAUAGUCAGAGCCAAUAACCGGAACCUCAGCUUCAUUCUGCUCCUCUCCCUCAUACUGAGCUUCCUUUCUGUAUUCCUGUUCCUUGGCCGUCCUGUGGAUAUUACCUGUAUGCUGCAACAAGUCACUUUUGGAGUUCCCUUCACCAUCUCAGCAUCUUCUAUCCUCACCAAAACCAUCAUGGUCUUCAUUGCUUUUAAAGCCACCAGACCCGGAAGCUCUUGUAGAAAAUGGGUGGGAGUCAAACUUCCCAAUACAGUCAUGUUAUUCUGCUCAUCCAUUCAGGUUAUGAAUUGCAUUCUCUGGUUGUCCAUCUCUCCACCAUUUCAGGAGUAUGACAUGGACUCCUAUCCUGGGAAGAUCAUCAUUCAGUGUAAUGAAGGGUCAGUUAUCGGCUUCUACUCUAUGUUGGGUUAUAUGGGGUUUCUGGCAGCUGUGAGUUUUCUUCUGGCUUUCAUGGUGAGGACAUUACCGGACAGUUUUAAUGAGGCCAAGUACAUCACCUUCAGCAUGCUGGUGUUCUGCAGUGUCUGGAUUGCCAUGAUCCCGGCCUAUCUGAGCACCAGAGGGAAAUACAUGGUGGCUGUGGAGAUAUUCGCCAUACUGACCUCCAGUGCUGGAAUAUUAUUGUGUAUGUUUUCUCCAAAACUCUACAUUUUACUUUUCAAACCUGAACUGAACACAAGAGGGACAAUGCUGGGGAAGAGAAUGAUGGAAAUGUAACACAUUGAUUCAAUGUAUAAUGCUGUAGAUCAGAUUAAACAAAUUCAGUCAUA